AUGAAGCUGCAGCUGCCGAACGCCGGCCUGGAGGAUCGGAUUCCGUCUCACCAGGAGCUGGAGAAGAUGGAGCUGGAGGAAGCUGGAGACAGACCAAAAUGGGACAACAAGGCCCAGUACAUGCUGACAUGUGUGGGCUUCUGCGUCGGCCUCGGCAACGUCUGGCGCUUCCCUUACCUGUGCCAGAGCCACGGGGGAGGUGCUUUCAUGAUCCCUUUCCUGAUCCUGCUGGUUCUGGAGGGAAUUCCACUGCUGCAUCUGGAGUUUGCUAUUGGCCAGCGCCUGCGCAAAGGAAGUGUGGGGGUGUGGACAGCCAUACACCCCUAUCUGACCGGUGUGGGUAUUGCAUCCAUGUUGGUCUCCUUCUUGGUUGGUCUGUACUACAACACCAUCAUGGCCUGGGUGAUGUGGUAUUUCUUCAACUCCUUCCAAGACCCACUGCCCUGGAGUGAAUGUCCCAUCAAUGAAAACAGAACAGGUCUGGUGUCAGAAUGCCAGAGGAGCUCCCCAGUAGAUUACUUCUGGUACCGGGAGACCCUGAACACCUCGGCAGCCAUUGGGGAUUCUGGAGGCCUGCAGUGGUGGAUGGUCCUGUGUUUGGUGUGUGCCUGGACCGUGCUUUAUGUCUGCUGUAUCCGUGGAAUAGAGACCACCGGCAAGGCUGUGUAUGUCACUUCCACGCUGCCGUAUUUGGUGCUCACCAUCUUCCUGAUCAGAGGCCUGACUCUCAAAGGCUCUGUGAAUGGCAUUAAGUUUCUCUUCACCCCAGACCUGGAAGAGCUUGCCAAUCCCACCACCUGGUUAAACGCAGGGGCCCAGGUGUUUUAUUCCUUCUCACUGGCUUUUGGGGGUCUCAUCUCCUUCUCCAGCUACAACUCAGUGCACAACAACUGUGAGCAGGAUGCUGUAAUUAUUUCAAUAAUCAACGGCUUCACUUCUGUCUAUGCGGCUACAGUCAUCUACUCCAUCAUUGGCUUCCGUGCCACAGACCGCCUGGAUGCCUGUCUCAGCGGAAACAUCCUUGCACUGCUGAAUGCGUUUGAUCUUCCUGAGGGCAACAUCACAGAGGAAAAUUAUGAGGAAGUUCUCCAAAGCCUCAACAGCACAUCCUCUGAGAUCAUUCAGGGGCUGAACCUGAGGACCUGCGAUCUUAACACUUUUCUCAGUGAGGGGGUUGAGGGAACUGGCCUGGCCUUCAUCGUGUUCACAGAGGCCAUCACCAAAAUGCCCAUCUCCCCUCUCUGGUCCAUCCUCUUCUUCAUCAUGCUGUUUUGUCUGGGGCUCUCCACCAUGUUCGGUAGUAUUGAGGGGGUGAUGGUACCCCUGCAGGAUCUCAAGAUCUUCCCAAAAAAGUGGCCCAAAGAGGCCAUUACAGGUUCCAUUUGUUGCUUCUCACUCCUCAUUGCCCUGAUAUUUGUACAGGCAUCAGGUAACUACUGGCUGGCUCUGUUUGACAACUUUGCUGGUUCCAUCCCCCUGCUGAUCAUUGCAUUCUUUGAGAUGGUGGCUGUGGUGUACCUGUAUGGAAUAGACAGGUUUAACGAGGAUAUCGAGUUCAUGAUCGGACACAAACCCAACAUCUUCUGGCAGUCCACAUGGAGGGUCAUCAGCCCACUCAUAAUGUUGGUCAUCUUCAUCUUCUACUUCGUCACCAAAGUCAGCGAAGAGCUCACCUACAUCGCCUGGAACCCCAGCUAUGAGAACUUCCCUUCACUGGAGAGCCUCCCGUACCCAGACUGGAUCUACAUCAUCAUCUUCCUCCUGGCUGGAGUCCCCAGCAUUAUAAUUCCCUUUGUGGCACUUUUCAAAUUUAUCAGGAACCACUUCUGCAAGAAACAGGACCCUUUUGAAGCAGACACCCUCAGUACCAUCUCUGCUAAAAUUCAAAUGAGUGACACGUCAAUCAGGUCAUAA